AUGUCGGACCCGACUUUCCGAAAUUACACCAGCACGCAGGCCCAAAAAUACGCCGAAGCCCGCACCUCCUACCCCAAGGAACUCUACGACAUCGUCCUCCGCCACCACGAGCAAACUGGGGGAACCUUCCACACUCUCCUCGACGUCGGCUGCGGCCCGGGCAAUGCCACGCGCGAUCUUGCCCGAUCAUUCCAGCGCGUCGUGGGAAUUGACGCGGGCCAGGAGAUGAUCCAGACAGCUCGAGGUCUGGGCGGAAAUACAGCCGCGGAGGCGUCUAUCUCGUAUCAUGUUCUCGGGGCGGAGGAGUGUGAUAGCGUACCCGGGUUGGAAGGAGGUGGGGCCCACUGGUUUUCCAUGCCGGAACUCUGGUCCUCCGCCGCCAAGACCGUCAAGCCGGGCGGAACGGUCGCGCUCUGGACCCGCUCCUCCUUUUACUGCCACCCAUCAACCCCCCACGCCCCCUUGGUACAAAAAGCCCUCUUCGACCUCGAACUCAAUGCGCUGGCACCCCACACGCUCCCGCAAAACCGCCUCUCCCGAGACAUGUACGACGACCUCCCUCUGCCCUGGACUGUCUCCCCGGCUGUACCGGAGUUUCCAGAGAGUGAAUUUGUGCGCCGCGAGUGGGAUCGCGAUGGGGUAUUGACGGAUGGGAAGGAUUUCUUUGGUGGGGGGAGUGAGAUGACCAUCGAGGAGUUGGAGAGGGGGUUCGCCACGGCGAGUAUGGUAACGAGGUGGAGGGAGGCGAAUCCGGGGCUGGUGGGGACGGAGGGGGAUUGCGUGGCUGUUGCGGUUAGGGGGGUGAGAGGGGCGAUUUUGGAGGCGCAAGGGGAGGGGGAGGGGUGGGAAUGGGAUGGGAGGUUGAGGACGGGGAUGGGGACGGUGGUGUUGUUGUUUAAGAGGAGGUGA